AUGCAGACCACCGCGCACCUCCAGCACCAUGGCGGCAGCGCGACCGCCGGCGAGCAGGUCGAGUACCUCCUCCAAGGCCUCGAAGAAGGUGGCUCCGACGCGAGCCGCGCCAUGAGCGCGUACACGCUCGCCACCAUGUGCUCGAGCCAUUUCGCGCCCGGGCCGGCGGUCAACGGGGCGAUGACCGGCCGCUUCCUCCUCCGAGCUCAAGGUGGCCUCACUGACUGCAUUUGCCUCGUCGAGACCCUCGCGCCCGAGAGUCGCGACCAUGCGCUCGUCUAUUGCAUGAUGGGCUUUCUCUACUUUGUGACACUGGACCGCGAAAACGCCGACGCGGUGACAACGGAUGCGCUGCGCACCGUCCUCCAUGUCUUGCAGCUCGACGACGCCAAGCACUGGACGCUUCUAGCCGAUGUGACGCCGUCGCCUACCGCCGCCACCACACCGCGUGCCCGCAUGUUGGUCAAGAAGAAGAAGACGGCAACGACGAAGCGAACAUCGACCACGCCCUCUGACGACAUGCAAGCGCUGCUGCGCCUCGAGCCCUCGUUUCGCGCAUCACCAAACCUCUCGCUGUACGACAUCGUGCUUGGUAUUCUGUACAAUACGCUGCUUGACAAGGCCGCGGGCCAUUUCGGCGCCGCCGCCCCCACGGCCUCGUCUCGCAUCAUCGAGAGUCGAAAGCAGCUGCUUCGGGAAGCGCAUGGUCUCGACAUUAUCGCUCGCCGCAACCUGUCGAGCAUCAGUCUCCGUGUGCUCGACCAAGCGUCCUACCUCGACCCGCUCAACCAAGCCCAUCUCGUGGCGCACACGACCGUUCUGCCCGCGCUCUUCACGGACCUUCUCGCCGCGAGCCCGACGACCGAGAAUGCCGAGGUGUACCUCUAUGCGCUGCGUGUGGUCAUCAACCUGACGCACAAGAACGAUGACGCAUGCGCCAUCAUUGCCAACCUGCACGGUGCACGCACCUUGGCAAGAACGUUCUGCAGCGUCGCACCACGUUCCGACUUUGACCAAGUGCUUCUGCUUGUCAGUGCGCUCGUCAACUGCGUCGAGCUGGACGCGCGCAACCGCGCUGACGUCUGGAGCUAUCCAAUGCAUCUGGUCGACCACUGUAUGGCCUUUUUGACGCAGCACGGCACCGAGUCGGCCGAGGAUGUGGUCCUGCGCGGGUCCAUGGCACUCCUUCUCGGCUGCCUCGUGCGGGAUCGGCCGACUGACGCCAAGGCAGUGCGCGACGCACUCCCAAACCAGUCGUUUACGCUGCUUCUCGCCUCGCUCCUCGCGUUCGCCAAGCUCCACGCGCACAUUGGCGCGCUCACGCCCGAGAUCCUCGCGACGUGUGUCCAAGUCGAGACAGAACUCAAGCGCGUCGAGGGCGACGAGACGGCGACAUCGGCGAUUCAAGCUGCCGUGGCCGGACCCGACGCCGACGUCGCGGCCAUUUACGCCAAGAUCGCCGCCGCGUCACCGCCACCGUGCGCGUCACCGCCACAGCGACCACCGCGUCCGUCGCCAGCGUGUCAGUUGACGCCGCCCGCCGAUGCCUUUCGGCUCCAAGUGCACCGUCUGCAAGUGGACGACGAGUCGGACGACGACGACCUGUCGACCAGAACCAACAAGCGCCGGCGAACGCCAAAGGUACCAGCCAAUGGAGCGCGCCGCCCGACGCCAUCGCCUACGUCGGCUAUGUUAUUGGACACGCAAAGCGACACUGGGGACUUCACCGUCACCGAGUUGGGGUCGCGACGCAAGCGGCAACCAGUGAGCAAGCGCCGGUCCAGAACACCAACAACGACCGUCAGGACGCCGAUCGCGUCGUCUGACAGCAGCAAAAAGCAGCGCACGAGCAGCGUGCUCGAACGCAAGGCGCGACCGAAGAAAGCACAGCCGCAGUGUCUUCUCACCGUAUUUGAUUUUGACGAGUAG